AUGUUGAACGUCGUGGCGCCCGGAAAGCUUGUUCUAACCUUGCAAUCUAUACCACCGUUCGUUGUAGAGACUAUUUUCGCUUUGACGCUGACCGUGCUCUUGGCUGUACCACUCAUCCUUCGCGUUCAACAUUCUCUACAGGAUAGCUCGACGAAACUCACCACGAAGACCUGGCAGACUCGGCAAUGUAACGUGCACAAAGUGGAACAAAGUGGAGAUCGCGUGGUGACGACGCAUUAUCCAGUCUCGACGUUCGACUCAGCCUCGAGCUCGAGCGCGGAUUUCCAUUUGGAAUCGGCUCGAAAGACGAUCUCGACGCCCAUUUUGCAGGCGAGUGGUGACAACGUGAGGACGGAAUAUUGGAACGCUAAAACUCGGGCAAACGUGCAGGAAGCACGAGGCAAAGCGGAAUCAACGACGAAACAGAACGACACGGUCCUCAAAGAAUCUUCAUCGUUCGUCGCCACAAAUUCUGAAUUACCAAUCGUCGACAUAUCUGCGUUUGAUUACGACGCAUAUCGAUUCCAACUGGUAGAGGCUGCUUUGAGGAAACAGUACGACGAUUAUCAGCCUCCUGGAGACGUCGUGUUGAAUUCUAUUCAUUUAAAUAAUAAUGAUUCGACGGUUGCUAUCAGAUUGAACGAUCGGUACCAUCAUAGUCUGUUUGACUUUAUCGAGGAAUACUACGAUGCCACGAAGGGGAUGAGCAAAAAGGAGACAGAGUACCUCCAUCCGUUGGAUCAUUUUUUGAUAAAGGGGACGCAAAAACCGGAAACUGUUGAGAAGGAAACGGAAACGAAACAUGUGGAUGUAGUUAAUGCUGCUGGUCAAGGUGAAAGAUCGCCCAGGAUUUCGUUUUAUGAUGAUACUGUUAGGGGUUCGAUGCAGAGGAGACAAGACUCUAUAACGAAAAGAAACUUAAGACCUCUUAAACCAAGACCAUCCAGCGCGGGUGCCGAUUCAACGACGUCGAGAAGAUCCAUGUUACAACGAUCUUCAGGCAAGAAGAACGCGACGAAAUUCUCAAAGAACAAUUCGAGCACGGAUUCGGUCAGCUCGAAACGAGACACGCUCUCAGGCUCGCAGAAAUGCGAAGACAAACGACAAGCUCUGUCAUCCAUCGAUGGAGUUGAAAGAGAAUCGAUGAACUGUAUGACGAUCAGCUCCAUCGACACGGAAAGCAUCCGCAGCGAAUCCAGCAAAGCUCGCGAUGACCAUUCCGGACGAUCUCGCGACUCUUCCGUUGCCUCCAGGCGGUGUACUUCGGAGAAACCUCAAAUUCUGCCUUGGUUGACAGGAAACCCGCGGGUAUCCUUUAACCAAAAGUACGGAAACUCUGGCAAAACGUCAUCGAAGAUGUUCGAAGCAUCGUGGAGAAGCUCGAUGAUAAAGAAAUCCAGCUUCCUGAGCAAACAGAAAACCAGCAAACAGUCUGAUCGUCAGAGUUCAGACUACGUCGAUCAAAUGUCCAUGGAUUUACCUGCGCUGAAUACGAAUUUUGAUAGAUCUGACAAGGAUGGAUCAAAGCUCGAUGACACUAAGUUGAGUAACCAAAUGGGCAAGUUGGAAGUAAUCAAAAGCGAAACCGAAGAGUUACCAAGGGUAGAUUUUCCCACAAGUUCCACGAUUGAUUUGUCUUGUAAGAAAAACGAUUCUUUGGGCCACGUUUCGAAUCAGAAUUGUCCAGCAACGAACGCCGCUGAUAAACAGCGUUCGCCAACGAAGAAUUUGUCCGAGCGAAGCUCGCCAAGUAGUCAAGUGAUCGAAACGAUCGACUCCUUGGCGGAGAUUACGCAGCAGCCUCUCGGAGAGCCAAGGUUAGCGCAGACUAGGUCGAAGAAGACGAGGAACGACGAGAGCAUUAAAGAGUGUUCGAGAAAGUCGUCGACGAAACACGACCAGCCGGAGAAACUUGGCAAAGUUUUGAGCGACAGGAAACAAGACUCGCAUACUAUCGGCCCUGUAUCGGCGAAACAACCACUGAAAUUGGAACUUUCUACUGACACGUUUCUCCAACAAGUGCUUCGUGAAAACAUCGACGAUUUAGGAAAGUUUAAAAAUAACGAAAAACGAAAGGAAGCAUCGAACAAAGAAAACGAGAAUAUUAGAAUGUUCAAAAAGGACGUUAAAAAACAUCAAGAAAAUCAGCAAACGAAUGUGGAUUCGAGUUCGGCGAAAUUGAAUGCGUGCGGGAGGAAAAACACGAUCGAUUCGUUUCGAAGUAAGAACGAGGAGAAGACAAGCGACGUUAAUAGAAGAAAAGCUUUCGGCGCGAUCAGAAAUUUCGGAUCAACGAACACUGCUAAAAGCAACCUUUUGAAUGCCGGUAAGCUGUCCUCCAUGUCGAAGAGCUCGCAACAAAGAACGACGGGCUCGAGGCUGAACACCGGUUUGCAUGAUAAUGUGAUUGGCGCUCGAUCGAUGCAAAUCAGGUCGAGCAAGUCCCCGAUGGGCGAGAGGAAGCCUUCGAGGGAUGAAAAGCCGGGAAGAACCGAGGUGAAUCGGCCGGAAUUGAAAGAAAGUGGUCCCGAUGGCUUAAAACUGCCUCGUCGUGACUCCAAGGCCGGCAUAGCGAUGCAGGUCGGAUUGAAGAAGUAUAUCAAAAAAUUGAAACGAGUGCUAUCCGAUCGCGACAACACCGAUAUAGGCGAAUUGGCAUCUUUGAGCCUUACCGACGCCAUUUUGCCGGAUCUAGAGUCGACUUUGUCGUCUGUCGAGGUGCAGCAAGUACAGGAUCUGUUGAACAUGGCAGAGAAGAAAAGUCUGAAUUGA